AUGAUUGCUUGGGUGUUCGGUACAUCCGAGAAAACACAUAUGGAGACUGAGCCGCCCAUGGAGGAGGCGCAACCUGCUUGGUGGCUGGAGCUGGAUAGAGCGGAGGCACAGCAAAAAAAGACGGAGAAGGGUUGCAGCGCCACUCAGCAGGCUGGCUUGUCGUCUGGUGUGCAGCCAAGUCGUGGUUCAGGAGUCGAAGGGCGGAAGGUGCGUUUCGCAUCUGAUCCUGCUGCAAACCCCAACGGCUUCUACGAGAACGAUGCAGAAUUCGUCAUAUCUCCAGCUCACCCCAAAUUACAGACUUCACUGACGCAGGCCUCUGAACAGAGCGAAAUGAUUGCCUGGGAACUCAGUGAUCUGGACGACGCAACGGACAUCCGUCGCAUGCUUAUUCCAACAGUUGACACGCCUCGAUCUUCUUCCGCAGGCAGUUUCUCCACCAGUAGUCUCGUAGAUUUCCAUUGCGGCAGUCAUACUUCCGUUUCCGAGCCCGUGUUUCGUGAAUUAUCUGACAGAUCUGUGCACACUGCCAGCUUUGGUGUUUAG